UCGUGUUCAAGUUUGAGCAGCGUAUAGAAAACGACGUACUGCAUCUGCAUCUUAUUAAUAUUUGAAAUAAUUUCAGAAUUCCUCGAUCUACUUGUUAGACAUCCUGUUUCUUGGCUUGAGAGGUAGAAGGCCAGUUUCGAGUCUUAACAUGGAGGGGAAUCUUCCUCCUGGUUUUAGAUUUCACCCAACCGAUGAAGAACUCAUUACGUAUUAUUUAACUCGCAAGGUUUCCGAUUCCAAGUUUGUAUCAAGAGCUAUUGCGGUUGUUGAUCUCAAUAAAUGUGAACCUUGGGACCUCCCAGGCAAAGCUUCUAUGGGGGAGAAAGAAUGGUACUUUUUCAGCUUGAGGGACCGAAAAUACCCAACUGGCCUUCGAACAAACCGAGCCACAGAUGCAGGUUAUUGGAAAACAACAGGCAAAGACAAGGAGAUCUUUCACUGUGGUGUGGUGGCAGGGUUGAAGAAAACCCUAGUAUUCUACAAGGGUAGAGCUCCCAAGGGAGAGAAAAGCAACUGGGUGAUGCAUGAAUAUAGGCUAGAAACCAAGUUUACGUACAAACCCAUUAAGGAGGAGUGGGUGGUUUGUAGGGUGUUUCAGAAGAGCGCCACCAGUAAGAAACCAGAGUUUACUCCAUUGCACGCGUCUCUUGAAUCAAAUUGUGAUGCCGGUACAUUGAUGAAUGAGUUAGAAGGGAUCGGAUUAUUUCCAGACCCAAGUAGUACUGUAGUUAAUUCUUCAUCAAGCUGUUUCGGUGCUAUUUCUAGUAACAAUAACAAUAGCAACAAUGACAUCAGCUGCUGUGUCGUCAACCCAAACAUGAAUUGGGUUCCGGCAAGAGAAGCCACCAACGAUAAUAAUAUUGCCCCACUGUCAUGGCCUACUCCAGGCUUGCUUAGCUCAAACCUAUCAAUGAAUUCAAUGAUCUUGAGGGCAUUACAGCUGGGCGGGUAUCAACUUCAACCCCGAGAAAAAGCAACAAUGACCGACUUAAGCUCAUCAAUUCAUCCAGAUCCAGUACUGCAAGAGAACUCCCGCUUCAUAACUGAUUUAAAUUCAAACUUCCCUGCAUCUUCUUCAUCUAAGGCUAUUGAUGCCGAUGCCGUGCAGCAACAACCAUUACUAUUCAAUCUGGACUCUACGUGGAGAAGCUGUUGAAGCAAAGGACUAACACACAAGUUGUCAUUUUUAUUUUCUUUUCUCAGGUAGUGGAUUUGAACCAUGCCAUAUAUGCAUGAUCAAAACUUGAACGAACCAUCCCAAUCAGCAUUAAAUAAUGCACAAGUGUAAUCAUUGUGUACUUCAUCAUCGAUCAAUUCCUUCAAACUUGUAGUUAGAUGGAAAAAUCAAAAUCCCCAUUUGUUUCUUGUCACCUUUAUGUGCAAUCUAAAGAAUGCUUUAAUUUUAUGUCCUUUUGUAAAUUAUAUUUGGAAGCAGCCUAAUUAACUUUACGCUGUGUUUGGUUUGAAAUUAA